GUUGUGUACGUCACAAGGCUUUUACAGAGCUACAAGAAGAAGCAGAAGUUUGAUUGAAUCAUGGUGUCCAAGGCAGGGGAGGAAGAUAACUCAUCAACAAUUUCAUGGCCGAUAUGCUUUCCAUCUUCUCUGAUUCUGUUUCUUACUCUCAUUUGUAAUUCCUAUUUUCAUAGACACGAAGAAGGAACUGAAAAGCAAGACAAACGGUGGGCUCAAAGGCGCAUCCGCGGAUUGGGAGAUAAAUCGUGUUCAUUCCAUUAGCGACGCAAGGAACAUUCUGUAUUCUGUUCAUGAAGUACAAAGAAUACGAAUACAGUAGCCGAGAAAUCGAGGAAAGUAGCAGUUUCUUACUUGAUUCCAACAGCAAAGAAUUUUGAGCGACUACAUAACCAUGCAUUUGGAAGACGAAAAAAAAUAAGAAAGCGAGAAUCAAUCGGACAAAUUUGAACCCUAGCAAUGGCCGGACUUGUUGACAGUGUUGCCGGAAAUCUUCUCGGAAGGAUAAUUGAAGCCGCCAGACGACCAGAGUUACGUCAUAUCCGUAGCGAACUAGGAAACCUCGAAACGACUGUGUCGAAUCUCAAGCCCGGACUCAGAGACGCCGAGGAGAAGCAGGCAAGCGAUAGGAAACUCUAUGAACUGCUUAAAAACCUCGGGAACGUAUUUUCAAAGGCCGACGAUCUCCUUGAGAAAUUGGAAUGCGAAUAUUUGAAGUGGAGAGUACAGAAUCGAAAGAACGACGUGGACGAAAAGGAAUGCCAGUUUUCUUCUCUUUUCUCGUCCGAUUUCUCCGUUUCUGCAUAUAAAUCUGCCAUCAAGAACAUCACAAAGGUGUUAUGUACGAUUGAGGAAACAAUGUCUGAAAUCCUUCUGAUUGAAGAUGAAAAUGAACACAUCAAACUUUUCAAGAGUGAAAUGACUCUGCGGACCUCCAUUACUGGUUCGCAAGCUUUCUCUAGGCUUCUGCAUUUGAAGAAAGAGGCGAUUCUCUCUGAUAAUGUCGACUCCAUUAUUGGUAGAGAUGAAGCAAAAAAGAGUAUCAUUGAUGAACUACUGAAGGAUGAAGACGAUAAACAAAAAUCUCGGCGUAUUCUCUCAAUUCAUGGAGAUGGAGGGAUGGGAAAGACGACUCUGGCCAGGUUAGUCUACAAUGACCACAAAGUGUUUGAUCAUUUUGACAAGAGAAUGUGGGUAUGUGUUUCUGAAGAUUAUGAUGUUCAGAGAAUCAGAAGGGAGAUUCUCAGUUCAGCAACUGGCGAAAAGGUUAACGAUGUCCUAACCGAGAAGCGUGUACAAAUCCGGCUCAAUGGGAACUUUGUCGGCAGAAAAUUGUUGCUUGUUUUGGAUGAUUUUGGGGCUUUGGAUCCCGGUAGAGUAUCAGAAGUGGAAAAAUUAGUGGAGAUGGGUGCUAAUGGCACCAAGAUCAUGAUCACCACUCGCAGUGAGCAAACUCUACAGGAUGCUGCAACACACAAGGUUCAAAAACUGGACGAGGAGCAAUCCAUGGCUUUAUUGAAACAGACAUUUGGAAUCAAAAAAUUUGAAAUUAUGACCGAAUUUCAAAGUGAACUCGAAGAACUUGUCUCAAAAUGUGGAGGAGUUCCUUUGGCAAUCAAAUCCUUGGCCGGAUUGCUUUCUUCGGAAGCGAGUUAUGGUGUCGAGUUGUUGAAUCUCCAGGCCUUGAUUGAGAAAUGGAAACAGGAGGAGGUGAAGGGAGGUGGUUACGUUUUCCAUGCACUGAAACUGAGUUAUUAUCUAUUGCCAUCUUACUUAAAGCCUUGUUUUCUUUGCUUUUCGUUGUUGCCAAAAGAUUAUGUGUUCUUCUCAUUUGAGCUAAUCCAGUUGUGGAUGGCACAAGGACUCCUCCAUUCAGGUAGCAAAGAUCCUGAGGCUGUUGGGGAGCAAUACUUCAAUGAAUUGCGGUCUCGCAGUUUACUCGAAGACGUCGAGGAGCACACUCUUGGAUAUUGGUUCAAACUCCAUAGCCUCGUUCAUGAGCUUGCAGUCCAACAGGCUAUUAUGGAACAACAUCAGAACCUGGAAAUUUUGCAUCAGCUGUCAUUUGUCGACUGCAACAACAAGGAUUUGUCUCAGCUGUCAAAUGAUAAAGUUCAUUUUCUUUCCGUUCCAGAGGGAGAAGGUGCGGAGCCAAAGAUCAAUGGAGUCCUUUUUGUCAAAUGCAUCACCGAGUUCAGGCGGCUAAGGGUCUUGUACUUAUGCAACUCUUCCUUGGAA